UCUGGUCCUCUCCUCUACAGAGAGCACAGCUGAAGAGUGAGCCUCGGAUCUCCAGAGCACACCUAAGGUUCACUAAUGCUGUGAAUUAAACCACAGUCUGAACACGAUUGCCAGGCAUCCAGGGGACUCCUAGGAGGAUGUGGAAUGACCGAUUCAGUCAGCGAAUUUAAAAGAAAUCCCAUCACUCCGUGCACAUAAGGCUUUACUUGAGAUUGUUGUGCCCAGAGGGGAGUUGAUUUUAACACGGCCAGCCAAUUGCUGAGAGCAGCAUGGAGACAACAGCUAAGAGAACCAGGAGUGAAAAGAUUCUGAACUGCUUGUAUCAAAAGCCUGAGGCAGUUUUUAAGCUGAUUUGCUUUCCCUGGGCGGGAGGCGGCUCCCUGCAUUUUGCGAAGUGGGGCCAAACGACUAGUGGCUUACUGGAAGUGCAUGCUGUAAGGCUUGCUGGAAGAGAAACCCGUGUUCAAGAGCCUUUCGCAAAUGACAUCUACCAGAUAGCUGAUGAAAUUGUAUCUGCUCUGCUGCCCAUCAUCCAGGAUAAAGCAUUUGCAUUUUUUGGCCACAGUUUGGGAUCCUACAUUGCUCUUCUGACGGCGCUGCGCCUGAAGGAGAAACACAACAUGGAGCCCCUGCACUUCUUUGUGUCCAGUGCAUGUGCCCCCCACUCAGUAUCCCGGCCUCAAAUUCCUGAACUUAACAAAUUGUCAGAGGAACAAGUCCAACAUUACCUUCUGAAUUUUGGAGGCACUCCCAAGCAUCUCAUUGAAGACCAUGACUUUAUGAGGCAAUGCACUCCCUUACUGAAGGCAGACAUGAGCAUUAUAAAAAACUUCAUCUUUGACACACCCUCGAAAGCUCUUCUUUCUCGGGACAUAACGUGCUUUGUUGGAUCUGAAGAUAUAGUAAAGGAUCUAGAAGGCUGGAAGGACAUAACCAGUGGGAAGACUGACAUCCACAUGCUGCCUGGAGACCACUUCUAUCUGCUGGAACCUGACAACGAGAACUUUAUCAAGAACUAUAUAACCAGGUGUCUGGAGCUGGCAUCCCUCGACUGCUUUUAGUCAGGCUUUCCUUGGGAUCUCAAAUGCGCAAGCUGUCCUCCAGGUCCAGCUGUUAGUUUUCAGAGAUGGGGAAGUGCAUAUUAACGAAUCCCUUCACAGAACAUUUAUCCCUCUGGGGAAAAGACAAGUGCUGAAGUCAGGGACACAAAGGUAGUUGAUAGCUGCAGCAGGAAGAGGGGGUAUUUUUCUUUGGGGGUUGUUAUCCCCUGUAGGUUACCCAUGUUCCAGUGAAUGACACUACAACCUCGGGGCACACACAGGCAGCACUGAGGGGACUCUGAGGGUUAUUUAAAAAGGAGGAGGAGGAGAAGGUGAAAGAGAACAUGAAGUCGGGAGGGGCAGGCAAAG